AACUGUGAACGCAUCCGAUUUAUACACUUAUUCAUUCAUUCAAGCGCACACCGAAUUGUAGAACUUAUAAGUAAAGAAGUUUCGUGAAUUUCAAUUUACUUUAUAAGUUAAGGGAUUUAAGUAUACUUGGUCCCAAUUAACAUCUUAAAAUAAUGACAGACGUUACGAAAAAGAUUAAAUUUUUGUGGUGACUUAUAAGUAAAAAGUAAAAGUCAACAUAACCUCAAUUGCGCAGCCAUGGGCCUCGGCGAAGCCAGCGUUGUCCAGGAAUACAAAGACUCCUUGAAGCAAAAAGCUGAGCACUUAAUUAUAAAAGGAUUUCCAGAAAAGAUAGUGCUGUUAAAUGAGCUGUUAGAAACGUCAAACUUUCAAAAUCGUGAUUUAGCAGAUGUACAUCAGGAUUUAAACAUUCCAGUACCACAGCCAAUAUCUACAUUGAAUGAGCCAAAUGCAAAGCGUCCCAGAGUAGACUCCACAGAUACUUCUAGCAAUUCUACAAUAGAUGGAACAAGAGUGUUUGCCUUGCCUAAUGGAACUGUACCAUGUAACAAACCCCUCAGUGACCUUAUCCAUUUAGUUAAGCCACACAUCAGAGAAUUGGUUGAGGAUUCUAAUUUGCUGAAAAUGUGGAUCUCAUUUAUGAUUCCCAAAAUAGAAGAUGGUAAUAAUUUUGGUGUAUCAAUACAAGAGGAUACACUCGCUGAAAUACAAUCUGUAGAGUCUGAGGCAGCUGCAUUCUUUGACCAAAUAUCUAGAUAUUUUAUUUCAAGAGCAAAGAUUGUGUCUAAAGUUGCCAAAUAUCCUCAUAUUGAAGACUACAGAAGGGCAGUCAGAGAAUUAGAUGAGAAAGAAUAUUUGUCACUUUGGCUUGUUAUGUGUGAGAUUCGGAACCGCUACUGUUCGUUGCACGACAUUGUUAUCAAGAACUUGGAGAAGAUUAAGAAACCACGUUCAUCGAAUGCCGAAUCACUUUAUUAGCCCGUAAAAUCUCAUUUAGAACUAGUGCCACAAGGUUUCCUUGUUAUUUAAGUAUAAAAUUUAAACUGAACAUUUUUAUUUCCCCAAUCACAUUUUGUACAUAAUUACUAUGAAGUAUUUCAGAUUUUGAAGCACAACAUUAGGUUGGUUUUAUCACACUACCAUUUUACAUACUUGUCUUCUUUCCGAGAUCAUCAGUUAUGAAAUGCUGAAUUUUGACAAUUUGAUAUAGUAAUGUUGACUUAAAGCCAUAUAUUUUUAAUCAUCGUUGAAGCCUUUUCUAAGCAUUAGCAUUUCUGGUUUUCUAUCAACCUAUCUCUUCAGUCUUUAGUUGGAUCCAUGAAACUUCGGCCCAUACAAGUACAACAUUUUUUAAAAGCUUUCCUGCUUACUUGGUUCAUGAUUAAAUUCCAUUCCAUGAGUUUCUACUAUCCAAAUAACUUUUCAAAAUUAGUUUUCAGUGGUUUGCUCUGAAAUGGUGAACUAGUGUCGGUUUAAAAAUCUACCCUACCAUUUUUAGGUUAUGAUUAUAUUUUUUUUAAAUUUACACAAUAUCAAACAUACAUAAAUACGA